ACAAGUUCCACAAUUUGAGUUGAAUUACUGAAAUGAACUUUUCCACAAGAUUCUAAUUUAUUGAGAUGGCACCUGUACAAGCCACCACAUCAAUUCAAACAUAGCAUUCUGAUGGGGGUGUUAAAAAAAAGGAUAAAAAAAUAGUCUAUUACUUAUAAUUUUUGAUGUGAACAUCUUGGUAAGGGGACCUCAGAGAACCUACAAAAUAAUUUUAAAAAGGCAGUUCAUGACCCUUUGAAUGUGUAUUUAGUUUUGGUUUAUUGCAUGGUAGUAGUGGGCAUCUUAGGCCCACAAUCAAAACUUUUUUAGUUUAUCUCAGGGCUUCAGUGUGUUAAAGCUAAUAUGGACUGGUGAAGCAGGUCAUAAACCUGCUGGACUAUCAAGUGAUUUAAAUGCAAACUUAUUCCACACAAAACACUGUAAAUCAGUGGUGUCUGUGUUGAAAUGCAGGUUUCAGCACUGAUAGGUUACUGCUGCGUAAACAUGGAUUUCAACCUCACGGUCACAUAUUGUAUGCAUGAGCACCGCCCCCAUUAUUCUAUAACUCAAAGGUAGUUUGUCACGCAUUCCCUGAUAUAAUAAACGAGCGCUCAGAAAGUUGUUGCUUACUAAGAUUAUUGCAAGCAUCUUGCUGUAUACUCAAAUUAGAGAAAAAUGACCAACCAGUCUCUUCAUGUAAACAUCGACAAGUGGAUUGCUGAGAAUGAGAGUUCAUUCCUACCACCUGUAUGCAACAAGUUAAUGUUCUUUUAUCAACUCAAUAUUAUGUAUGUUGGUGGUCCAAACGUAAGAAAGGAUUAUCACAUUGAGGAAGGAGAAGAGCUGUUUUACCAGGUGAGGGGCGACAUGGUUUUGAAAGUGAUAGAGAACGGCAAGCAUAAAGACAUACACAUUCGAGAAGGCGAGAUGUUCCUGCUUCCAGCGCGGAUUCCCCAUUCUCCUCAGAGAUAUGCAAACACAGUAGGGCUGGUGGUAGAGAGGAGGAGGCUUCGCUCAGAGACAGAUGGCCUCAGGUACUUUGUGGAUAAUAGUACAGAUGUCUUGUUUGAACGUUGGUUCUACUGUGAGAACCUAGGAACCCAACUUGUUCCCAUCAUCAAAGAGUUUAUGGAUUCUAAACAAAAUAAAACAGGAAAGCCUGAUCCAGCUGAACCCACCAAGCCAACCCCAUACCCACUCAACAAUAUGAAGGUGAUGGCACCGUUCUGCUUCAGAGAGUGGAUGGAAAAGCAGAAGCCCACCCUGGCCAGUGGUCAACCGGUGGAUAUGUUUGGAGCACAGUUUGAGACUGAGACAUUUCUCUUUGGUCCUGGGACAUCUGAAACAUCUAGAAGAAAAACUGAUGGCUGGAUCUGGCAGCUGGAGGGCUCCUCCAGCGUCUCCAUGAAUGGCAAGGAGUACAACCUGUCUGUAGGAGAUUGUCUUCUUAUUUCUGGAGAGACAAAGUAUCAGUGGAAACGGUCACAUGAUUGUGUCGCUUUGUAUGUUGCCCAAGACCCAGACAGGAAGAGACCCUACUGAGACACAUAUAUACACAUAAACACUUCUUUAGGACCAAAUGUCAACGGUUUUGAUAACAAAAUUAUUUGGAGUGCAUGUUCACAAUAAUCUUUUUUUUUUUUUUUGCAUUAUGUUCCAUGUUUUAGGCCUUAGAUAAUAAAGAAACUAAGCUCUUAAGUCUCCUUAAGUCAAUAAAACCUCUUGAAUAGUAAGUCUCCAUCA